ACAAACUAACUGCUCUGGAAUCCUAUAUUACUUGCCUCAAUCAAACACACAGCCACGUACCUCAUUCUCAAACGGCAAGUUGUUUAGACUAUUCCAAGAUGGAGAUUACCAUAAAGGCGUCCACGAUUGUUCGUCCUGCCGAAGAAACUCCCCAGAAAAGUCUAUGGAACUCCAACUUAGACGUGGUGAUGACAAGGUACCACAUCCCCACAAUAUACUACUAUAAGCCUAAUGGUUCUUCUGAUUUCUUUGACACUGGAAAGCUUAAGGAGGCUUUGAGCAAGAUUCUUGUGCCAUUUUAUCCUUUUGCUGGAAGGUUGGGAUUUGAUGAAAAUGAAAGACUUGAAAUAUUGUGCAACGGGGAAGGAGUUUUGUUUGUGGAAGCUGAAACUAGUUCAGUCAUGGAUGAUUUAGUUGGUGAUUUUAGUGAAGAUUCUCAGGUCUUGAAAUUAGUUCCUAAGGUCGACUAUUCUGCAGGAAUUUCUUCUUAUCCACUCUUCGUAUCGCAGGUAACCAAGUUCAAAUGCGGUGGAGUUUGUCUUGGAGUUGGGGUGCAACAUACCUUAGGAGAUGGCACAUCGGAUCUUCAUUUCAUCAAUAGUUGGGCUGACACUGCAAGGGGGCUGUCACCUGCAAUCGCCCCCUUCAUUGAUCGAACUCUUCUUCGUGCUCGAGAUCCACCAAUGCCUAAAUUCCACCAUGUUGAAUAUGAUCCAUCUCCAUUAAUGAACUCUCCAUCACAUGAUCUUAAGCCAUCCAUUGUCUCAACCUUUAAGCUCUCAGUUGAUCAAUUGAAUACCCUGAAAGCCAAAGCCAAAGCAAAUGCAAACAGUGCUGCAAAAUAUAGUAGUUUCAACAUCUUGGCUGCACAUAUAUGGCGUUGUGUAAGUAAAGCAAGGGGUCUUUCUGAUGAUCAACCCACCAAGCUGUAUUUUCCAGUUGAUGGUCGGUUUAGAUUGAAUCCUCCUCUCCCACAAGGCUACUUCGGUAAUGUAAUCUUUAUGGCUGCACUGAUAGCAGAAGCCGGCGAUCUCGGAACCGAAUCAUUAGCCUAUACCAUAGAAAGGAUCCAUGGACGAUUAAAGGAGAUUGAUGAUGAAUAUUUGAGAUCAGCCAUUGAUUACAUUGAGAAAGUGUCUGAUUUAAACACUUUGGUCAGAGGAUCCCAUACUUUCCGAUGCCCGAACCUUAAUGUUAUUCCAUGGACACGGUUGCCUAUAUAUGAUGCAGAUUUCGGAUGGGGUCGCCCCAUUUAUAUGGGACCAGCAAAUGUGGUGCAGGAAGGCAAAAUUUACGUGAUACCAAGUCCAAGUAAUGAUGGGAGCCUAUCACUGGUAACUCGCUUAGAAACUUCCCACAUGAAGCUGUUUGAGAAACUUGUUUAUGAGUUUUAGUACUUAUGUUAUUUCAUCAAUCUCGUACUGGAGAUGUAAUAAAUGACGAUAGACAUUUACUUUCCACAUACGAGGAUUGUAAUGAUUGUCAUCGGAAUAGUUUAUCUAGGUAUGGACAAACGUGUUGGUUGCUUUA